CAGUCGACUUUUUACCUACUGUCGGUGCCUAAAGUACCAUUGUUUGAUCUUAACGACACCUUGCGAUGCGUGGUAAAAUCAGUGUGUGAUAUUUAUGGAUAUUUAUCUCUCUCUGCUUCGCACAUGUGCGUGUCUUUUUCAACGAUUACUGACGAUUACGUGGAUAUAUGUACUGGACAUACAAUGUGCGUACGUGAUAAUGAAUAAAUAGAAUUAUGUGCAUUCAGUGGUAAAAAAGUAUUUAUUAAGAAUGCUUUAAGAACAACAAUUAAUUACGGUUUAUCGCUAUAAAAGGGACGAAAACCAGAAAGGAGUAGAGUAGCUUGUACCCAUUGUUCGAGCGGAUUAGUACCAGAGUCAUACUUUUAAGUACCAGAACAAGAUGCAGAAAUUCAAGAGAGCUCAGGAGCAAAAUAAAUUGUCCAUUGAGAGACACUUGGAGGCUAAUGCAUUACUGAACUUGUCCAGCGAAGAAGAAGAUGAAACGAACGAAGACGACAUUCAGAAUGUUGUGGACAAAGUAUUGCUAGCGUAUCAAGGACAAGGCACAGAUGCGGAAAAAGUGAUAUCGUAUUUAGUCAAUUCCUUCCAAUCCAGUAGCGCUGUCUGCUUGAUAUGCAUAUCAACCGUUAAGAAAACAGAUCCAAUAUGGAAUUGCGACAAGUGUUACGCAUUUCUACACAUGCCCUGUAUCUUGCACUGGAUCAACGACAGUUUGAGUUACAAACGGGCUAAAGGAAUCGCACCCAUCUGGGCAUGUCCAAAGUGUCGCAUGGAAUAUGAGCAGGAUCAGAUUCCAAGAUCGUACGAAUGCUUCUGUAAAAAAACUAGUGAUCCGCCGUAUCAGCCAUGGAUCAUCCCGCACUCCUGCGGCGAGGCCUGCGGCAAAUCUUUGCAACCGGAGUGCGGUCACAGGUGCGUGUUGCUCUGUCAUCCUGGUCCGUGUCCACCGUGCGGCAAAAUGGUGUCGGUCAAGUGCUACUGCGACAAGCUACCGGCGCAGCCGCGCCGUUGCAACGCCAAGAACUGGAGCUGCGGGACGGUGUGCGACAAGAAGUACGACUCCUGCUCUCACGCUUGCAAGAACUUGUGUCACAGCGGCGACUGUCCGCCCUGCAUGGAGGCGAUGCUGCUGAAAUGUCGUUGCAAGAGUAGUCAAGCAGAAGGCAGCUGCUACGAGGGUACAUGGAUCUGCGACAAACCUUGCAACAGGAAAUUUUCCUGCAACGUGCACACCUGCGAGAGCACUUGCCACUUGCCUGGCGAUUGCGGCAACUGUCUUCUGGAGAAGAACAGGUAUUGUCCAUGCGGAAAGAAACGCUACGACGUCUCGUGCAGGCAGCACCAAGUGCCGACGUGCGGCGACACUUGCGGCAAGUUGCUGGACUGCGGCUCGCACUUGUGCAACAUGAGAUGCCACGCGGAUCGUUGCGGCCAGUGUCUGGAGGUGGUGACGAAGGCGUGCCGAUGCGGCGGUUACACGAAGGAGAUCGCCUGCGCGAAGGAGUUCCACUGUAACAAAAAGUGUACGCAGAUGCGCCUGUGCGGUAGGCACCUGUGCAACCGCAAGUGCUGCGAUUGCACGUCGAGGAACACGUCGAAUCCCUGCGAGAAAACGUGCGAGAACACGCUCAAGUGCCGCAAGCACAAGUGCGCUAUGCCUUGCCACAGCGGUCCCUGCUAUCCGUGCACGAGAACGGACGUUAUACAGUGCCGAUGCGGCGGCAGCAAGAUAACAGUACCAUGCGGCACGAAGAAGAGGAUCAGGCCGCCACCGUGCAACAAGUCCUGCAAGAUUCCGCCUAUCUGCCACCACCCCAAGAGGGAAACGCACAAGUGCCACCACGGGCCCUGCCCGCCGUGCAAAAAGAUCUGCGGCAUGACGUACAAGAGAUGCGGCCACUCCUGCCCGGCCACUUGCCACACGAAGGUCUGGGUGAAGGCGAGAGCGAAUGGGAUGAAGGCACAGCCUGCCGGCCCUUGGGAGAAGCCAACGAAGGACGUCAUGGAGUUGAAGACCUUACCGUGUCCACCGUGCGAAGUUUCCGUGCCCGUGACCUGCCUCGGCGAUCACGAGACGCGCCCCUGGCCGUGUCACAUGUCGAGACCGAGUUCGUGCGGUAGAGCCUGCGGCCGAUUGCUGCCCUGUAAGAAUCACACCUGCGAAUUGACCUGCCACAAGGUACGAACGUCCAACGCGGAAUUCGACGGUGGCACCUCGUGCAUGGAAUGCGAGAAGGAGUGCCUGUUUGCGCGGCCACCCGGCUGUACGCACGCAUGCCCGCAACCCUGUCAUCCAGCGCCGUGUAGGCCGUGCAAGCAGUUAGUGCGGAUCAUGUGCCACUGCGGUAUCAGCACCCUCUACCGCCAGUGCGUCAGCCUGACGUCCGCAACGAGUAAGGAACGUGACGAGUUGCUCAAGUGCGGAAAUCAGUGUCCGAAAAACUACUCGUGCGGCCACCGUUGCGUCAACGAUUGUCAUCCGGGAGGAUGCAAAGGCGGAGAAGACUGCAACAAGAAGGUCAGAUUGUGGUGCAAGUGCAAACGGAUUAAGAGGGACUUCCUUUGCUCGUAUCUGCAGAAGGAGCGGAUUAACGUAGACUGCGACGACGUGUGCGAGUCAUUGAGAAACGAGAGGAAGGCGGCCCAGGAAGCGAUGAUAGCGAAGAAACGAGAGGCGGAGGAAUUACGCAACCGGGAGGAGAUCGAGAAGUUCGAGAAGAAAUUCAAGCCACGGCGGAAGAGGAAGGAUAAGCACGACAGCUCGAAGGAAUCGCGAGAGAACGGAGGGAGGAGGUGGAGCCUGUGGAUCUUAGCGGUUGCUAUUGGCAUUAUAGGCGUAACGAUAGUAUACAUGACGACCCCAGAGUUAAGCGUAUUCGGAAUGAGCUGAUUCUACGGACUGUUCUCUCUGCUAUUGUCAUUAUCAUUAUUAUUAUACAUCUUGUAGAACAUUCCAUUUAUCACUAGUUUAUAUCACUAAAUACUCGUAAUUGCAGCACACGUAUAUAUUUAUAGCCAGAUUGAGGUCUAAUAAUGAUUUGAGAGACUCGAGUCUCUUUUUAUAUAAUUUGAAGAUUCAUAAUUCGCUUUUAUUAAACUUAUACGAGGUGUGAUAAAAUCUCCAAAGAAUAUUUGAAACGAAGUACAGUACUAUUUUAUAACCGAUCCUUAAAUACAGAUUUUAAUAUCAUGCGUAGAUUGGAUACAUUUAUAUACAUGUAUGUUGGUUUCAAUAUUCACUGUAGAUAGUAAAAAUAAAAGUAAAAUAAUAUUUGAUGUAAAAAAACCACAAGGUUUCUAAGUUCCACAUUUAUUCUUGCUAAAUUGAUGUUUAUGUGCAAUGAAGAGGAUCAAAUAAAAUGAAAUAAUGGAGCAA